CCCACUGAAAAUUAGUAAACAAAAAAUAAGUACACAUAAAAAAAAUAAGACUGUUCUGAUCUGAUCCUCAGCCUCUCUGCCCCACCCCAACUGCCUCUCUCUCAGAGAAGGGGUCUGUUACUUCACUUUUUCCUUUCUUGAGUUUCCUUGAAGUGUGUGUGGAUUGUGGAAUACACAAAGUUCAUAUUUUUAUUUCUUUGCAUCAAUUUUAUACUUGAUCUAGUUACCAACUCCAGUGGAAAGAGUUCAACUUUCUAGUUUUUAGUUCUAAGUUCUAACCCUGACAUGGAAGACUCUGAGUUCUGUUUCUCCCAAUUCAUGAGCUCAAAUUCUCAAGACACGACUCUUCUGGCUCUUGCCCUUUUCACUAAAGACUAUUGUUCUGCCUUGUUUCAUAACCUUCCUUCUCAUUGCUUUGGUGUCACUAUAUGUGGGUCUUCUUCAAUUUAACCUCCGUUUGUUCUUGCUUCAAGUAAUAAGCUUCCAAGUCUGUGAUUUUCUUUCUCCUAUUUAUUGUCCUGUUGUUCUGCUGAAUCACUUCUGAAGAGAUUGUCUUUGGAGAUUGGGAUGGAGAUGGGGGUGGUUUUGUCACUGAUUCUGCAGCUAGUGAAACUCUGCAUCAUUGGCUUUGUUGUGGCAUUCCAAGGAUCUGAAGGGUCUGUUAUAUCCCCAUCUCCAGCAUUCCUUCCAGUCAUUCAUCCUAAUGGAGAAGCACCUGGUCCCAUCCAUCAUGGACUGUCAUGGGGAAGCAGUGCACCAAACUCAUCUUCAGAUCAAAAUGGGUCUGCUAUAUCACCAUCUCCAGAAACCAUACCUGUGGAUCCUUCCCCUAGUGAAGCACCUAGACUUCUACACCCAAGAGAACCAUGGAGAACCCUUGCACCAAGUCCUCAAGAAGUAUCAAAUGGGUCACUCUUGCCCCCUCCAGUUACAUUACCACCUCCUACAUCAGCUCCAACUCCUCAGAAGAUCAUAGGAUUUGGACCAUCUAUAUCUCCUAGUAGUACAAGCACCAUAACAUCAUCACCAUCAACUUCUGAAGGUAAUGUGCCUCCAUCCAUACAACCAAGUCCACCACAAAGCAAAACACCUGCAAUUAGGCCUCCUGUAUCCACACCAAUUGCUCCAGCCUCCAUUGUAACUCCGUCUGGAAAUUUGCCAAAAACUUCACCAGCCAGCCAGCCAAUUGAACAUGGAAGUUUGCCCCCUAAGAUUGAUGAGAGGAAUAAGAGUCACAAGCCAGAGCCAGCUUUGCCAGCUCCAAUUCCCAUACCUUCUACCACAUUGCCCAAAAUUUCACCAGUAAGCCAACCAGCUGAAAAUGGAAGUUUGCCUCAUAGAGAGGGUGCAAAUAGUAGUCACAUGACUCACAUCCCAGAGCCAAUUUCACCAGCCCCUACAGUAUUCAGUUUGCCCGAACAUUCGCCAGCGAGCCAACCAACUGAACAUGGAAGUUUGCCUCCAACUGUUCCCAGAAGGAAUAACAACACUGGUCACACAUUGGAACCAGUUUCACUAGCUCCAGUUGCAACACCUCCGGCAAAUUUACCAAAAAAUUCAUCAGUCAGUCAACCAGUUCAUCAUGGAAAUUUCCCGCCCGAUCUUCACAAUAGAACUACAAAUAAUGGUCACAGUCACACCCCAGUAAUGCCACCAUCUGUUACAUCACCAAGUAGUCCACUUCCAGUAGAUCCACCAUUGGUACACCCAGUCAUACCAUUACCGGCAGCAACUCCUUCAAAAUUACCAGCACCUGUUGUCUCUCCUGCAGUGUCUCCUUCCAGAAGCUUCAGUUGGAAAAAAGGUGGAGAACCAAUUUCUGCACCUGUAUACAAAACACCAAAACCACUACCGGCUAUAGUACAUUCCCAUGCUCAAGCACCUGUUGUUUCUCCUGCAUUAACACCUUCCAGAAGUUUCAAUUGGAAAAAAGGUGGAGAACCAGUUUCUGCACCUGUGUACAAAACACCAAAACCACUACCGGCAAUACUACAUUCCCAUGCUCAAGCGCCUGUUGUCUCUCCUGCAUUAACACCUUCCAAAAGUUUCAAUUGGAAAAAAGGUGGAGAACCAGUUUCUGCACCUCCAUACAAAACACCAAAGCCACUGCCAGCCAUUGUACAUUCCCCUGUUCAAGCUCCUUCAGAACAUAAAGCAAGGCAAUUUCACCAUGCUCCUGAGCCACUUGUUUCAUCUCCUAAAUCUCCUUUCAACAAAGGUCAUUCUCCCGCAUCUUCACCUUCAACCACAUUUUAUAAGCAUCAUCAUACAAGGAACACAAUCAUCAGCCCUGCUCCUGCAUCAUCAAAUUUGGUUUCUCCUCCCACUUCAAAACACCAAGAUGAACCAAUUUCUCCAUCACUACGAACAAGUAGACGAAGACACCAAGCUCCACCACCAAUGAACACAGGUUUCUCAGGUUCCCCAUUUUCCUUCCCUAUUCAAUCACCAGUGAGCAAGGUUUCACCUGCUCCUUCUCCAUCAUUCAAAAUAUCCCCCCACUCAACCAAAAUUCCAUUACAUCCUCCUAAAGUAUCUCCUUCUCAACCUCCUUCCAAGAGCCCUAAGAAGCCAGUCCUGCCUCGUGUUCAAGCACUGCCACCCCCACCUCCCAAUGAAGAUUGUAUAUCAGUGGUUUGCACAGAUCCCUUGACAAACACUCCACCUGGAGCACCUUGCAAAUGUGUCUGGCCCAUGAAAGUCGGUCUCCGCCUUAGUGUUUCUCUGUAUACUUUCUUCCCUUUGGUUUCAGAGUUUGCUUCUGAAAUUGCCACUGGGGUAUUCAUGAAGCAAAGUCAAGUUCGCAUUAUGGGAGCCGAUGCAGCAAACCAGGAACCAGAAAAAUCUGUCGUAUUCAUUGAUUUGGUACCACUUGGGGAAGAAUUUGAUAACACUACAGCCUUUUUAACUUCUGAGAGAUUUUGGCAUAAACAGGUUGUUAUAAAGACUUCUUACUUUGGUGAUUAUGACGUGUUGUAUGUGACCUAUCCAGGUUUGCCUCCAUCUCCUCCUAUACCUCCUUCAAGCAUUAGCAUCAUUGAUGGUGGUCCAUAUUCGGGUGGUGGCAAUAAUGGUAGGACAAUAAAGCCUCUUGGGGUUGACAUACCAAAGAGACAGCAUAAAGGUGGACUUAGCAAAGGCAUAAUUGCUAUUAUUGCUCUUUCAGCUUUUCUAGUAGUUGUUUUAUGCUUUGCUGCUGCUUUGGCCGUGUUCAAGUUCAGAGAUCAUGCGAGUCAACCAACAUCAACCCCACGGGUUUUGCCUCCUUCUCUUACCAAAGCACCAGGUGCUGCCGGAUCAUCAAUUGGAGGUGGGCUUGCUUCAGCUUCAACAUCAUUUCGAUCUAGCAUUGUUGCUUAUGCAGGAUCUGCCAAGACUUUCAGCAUGAAUGACAUUGAGAAAGCCACAGAUAAUUUCCAUGAUUCUAGAGUGCUUGGAGAAGGUGGUUUUGGGCGUGUUUAUAGUGGCACCCUUGAAGAUGGAACAAAAGUGGCAGUCAAGGUUCUAAAAAGGGAGGAUCAUCACGGUGACCGUGAAUUCCUAUCUGAAGUUGAGAUGCUUAGCCGGCUUCACCAUAGAAACUUGGUUAAGUUGAUUGGUAUAUGUGCAGAGCUCAGCUUCCGGUGCCUGGUUUAUGAACUCAUUCCAAAUGGCAGCGUGGAAUCCUAUUUACAUGGAGUUGACAAGGAAAACAGUCCACUUGAUUGGAGUGCUCGGAUAAAGAUAGCUCUUGGUGCUGCUCGUGGACUGGCUUAUCUACAUGAAGAUUCAAGUCCCCAUGUUAUACAUAGGGACUUCAAGUCUAGCAAUAUCUUGCUGGAAAAUGAUUUUACACCAAAAGUAUCUGAUUUUGGAUUGGCCCGGACUGCAGCUGAUGAGGAGAACAGACACGUAUCAACUCGUGUCAUGGGAACUUUCGGUUAUGUGGCUCCGGAGUAUGCAAUGACUGGCCAUCUUCUAGUGAAGAGUGAUGUCUACAGCUAUGGUGUUGUCCUCCUUGAGCUUUUAACUGGAAGAAAACCAGUAGACAUGUCACGACCACCCGGUCAAGAGAAUCUCGUUGCAUGGGCUCGUCCAUUACUCUCGAGUGAAGAAGGAUUGGAAGCUAUAAUUGAUCCAUCUCUAGGAACUGAUGUGCCUUCUGAUAGUGUGGCUAAAGUUGCAGCCAUUGCUUCAAUGUGUGUCCAACCGGAGGUGUCAGACCGUCCUUUCAUGGGCGAGGUUGUCCAGGCUUUAAAACUUGUGUGCAAUGAAUGUGAUGAAGCAAGAGAAGCAGGUUCAAGUUCUAGCUCUGUUGACUUGAGCAACUCUAGACAACUAUCAGAUAACGUCCAAGGCCAAUUCUCAGGCACCAACUAUGAUUCUGGAGUUGAUAUUGAAAACGGGCUGUUGGCAUCAGAGUUGUUCAGCUCAUCUGCAAGAUAUGGAAGGAGAGUGUCUGGAUCAUUCAGAAGACAUUCUUAUUCGGGUCCUCUGAGUACCGGGAGAAGCAAGCGGUUGUGGCAGAUAAUUAGAAGGCUUUCUGGUGGUAGUGUGAGUGAACAUGGAACUAUGUUCAAGUUAUGA